AAUGCAUUCCCCUUUCAAUGCAAAGACUUCUCUAGCAUCAACUUCCUCUCCAAGCUGCUGUCCAGGUUCAUCACCGACGACCACACCCUCUCGCGCGGUGUCGCAGUACUGCCUGCCUUCCUGUUCGUCGCCGAAACAUGCGUGCGCCGUGGAUCGUGA